GCGGUGCGGGAGACCAGGAGAGGAGCCAGGCGGGAGAGCAGCCAUCGCCUCGCCCUCUCGGUGACUUACCGGAGGGGAUGGGGAUGGGGAAAAAGGGAGGGCCGGCCGCCGCCUCCUCCGCGGUUGCACCAGAGAGCAGAGCUAACCCAGUGCUGCAGAGCUGAUCCAAAGGACGUUAUUGCUUGUGGAAAAGCUCCCAGGAACUUCACUACAGCCUGGACGUGUUCUUUUGACCUGCCUGCUGCAAAGCAGCUCGUGCUUUCGUUUGUAGUGUUUGCUCUAGGUUGUAUGGUUGCACCCUGGAAAUGGGAUGUCAGUCCCAUUCAGGGAGCAUAAAGGAAGAAAGAAAAUCUCCCCGUUGCCGCCGCAGUGACAGCGAGUGAGAGCCCGAGCAGGAAGAUGUCGACAGUCGCCUCAGCGAUCCAGGCUCCUCAGGGCCCUGUGAAUCCGCCGCCUCCAGAGGUGACAAAUCCCAAUAAACCCGGCAGGAAGACCAACCAGCUGCAAUAUAUGCAAAAUGUUGUGGUGAAGACCUUAUGGAAGCAUCAGUUUGCUUGGCCUUUCUACCAGCCUGUUGAUGCAAUUAAACUGAAUUUGCCGGAUUAUCACAAAAUAAUAAAAAACCCCAUGGAUAUGGGGACAAUCAAGAAGCGCCUGGAGCACAACUAUUACUGGAGUGCCAGUGAAUGUAUGCAGGAUUUCAACACCAUGUUUACAAACUGUUACAUUUAUAACAAGCCCACAGAUGACAUUGUCCUCAUGGCCCAAGCCCUGGAGAAGAUAUUCCUGCAGAAGGUUGCCCAGAUGCCACAGGAAGAGGUGGAAUUGCUACCCCCAGUUCCUAAAGGCAAAGGUCGCAAGCCCUCAGCGGGCACACAGAGCACAGGAGCGCAGCAAGCCGUGGCCGUGUCUUCCGUGUCCCCGCCGGCCCCGUUCCAGAACGUCCCUCCAGCCGUGUCUCAGACGCCCGUCAUCGCUGCCACCCCCGUGCCAACCAUCACCGCCAACGUCCCGCCUGUCGCCGCCCCUGCCGCCGCCGCCCCGCCGCCGCCCGCCGCUCCGAUCAUGCCCGUGGUGCCCCCCACGCCCCCGGUGGUCAAGAAAAAGGGAGUGAAGCGGAAAGCUGACACCACCACCCCCACCACGUCUGCCAUCACUGCCAGCAGGAGCGAGUCCCCCACGCCGCUCUCGGACCCCAAACAGGCCAAAAUCAUCGCGCGCAGGGAGAGCGGCGGCCGCCCCAUCAAACCACCAAAGAAAGACCUGGAGGAUGGAGAGGUCCCUCAGCACGCAGGGAAGAAGGGCAAACUCUCUGAGCACCUCAAGUACUGUGACAGCAUCCUCAAGGAGAUGCUCUCCAAGAAGCACGCAGCCUAUGCAUGGCCCUUUUACAAGCCCGUGGAUGCAGAGGCCUUGGAAUUACAUGACUAUCACGAUAUUAUCAAACACCCCAUGGAUCUCAGUACUGUGAAAAAAAAGAUGGACAGUCGGGAAUACCAGGACGCACAAGGUUUUGCAGCAGAUAUUCGGUUAAUGUUCUCGAAUUGUUACAAGUACAAUCCUCCAGACCACGAGGUGGUGGCCAUGGCCAGGAAGCUCCAGGAUGUUUUUGAGAUGAGGUUUGCAAAAAUGCCCGAUGAGCCUGCAGAGGCUCCCCCUCCACCUCCCCCAACAGCCCCAGUGGUGAGCAAAAGCACAGAGAGCAGCCACAGCAGCGAGGAGAGCUCCUCAGACUCCGACAGCUCCGACUCCGAGGAGGAGCGGGCGACUCGGCUGGCCGAGCUCCAGGAGCAGCUGAAAGCCGUCCAUGAGCAGCUGGCUGCACUGUCCCAAGCGCCAGUGAACAAACCAAAGAAAAAAAAAGAGAAGAAGGAGAAAGAGAAGAAAAAGAAAGAUAAAGAGAAAGAAAAAGAAAAGCACAAAGUCAAAGCUGAGGAGGAGAAGAAACCCAAGGUGGCUCAACCACCAAAACAAACCCAACAGAAGAAAGCCCCAGCUAAGAAAGCAAACAGCACAACCACAGCUAACAGGCAGCCCAAGAAAGGAGGCAAACAGGCAUCUGCAAGCUACGACUCGGAUGAGGAGGAGGAAGGGCUGCCCAUGACCUAUGACGAGAAACGACAGCUCAGCCUGGACAUCAACCGCCUGCCCGGGGAGAAGCUGGGCAGGGUGGUCCACAUCAUCCAGUCCCGGGAACCUUCCCUCAGAGACUCCAAUCCCGACGAGAUUGAAAUAGAUUUUGAAACCUUGAAGCCCACAACGUUACGAGAACUGGAGAGAUACGUGAAAUCUUGUUUACAGAAAAAACAAAGGAAACCAUUUUCUGCCAGUGGCAAAAAGCAAGCAGCAAAGUCAAAAGAAGAGUUAGCUCAGGAAAAGAAGAAAGAACUAGAAAAACGGUUACAGGACGUCAGUGGGCAGCUAAACAACAACAAGAAGCCUGCAAAGAAAGAGAAAUCCGGCUCGGCUCCCUCCGGAGGCCCUUCCCGGCUCAGCAGCAGCUCCUCCUCCGAGUCGGGGAGCAGCAGCUCCAGCGGCUCCAGCUCGGACAGCAGCGACUCGGAAUGAGCUCGGACACUGGGACACAACCCCCAAACGGACACCCCUGCUCUGCAGUGUCCCCUCCCCUCCUCCUCACCCCUGCUCUCACCUGGGCAGCUUUCAUCCCCUCUCUCUUUUCUCUGACUUUUUAUUUUAUUUUUUAACUCAGUGUUACAAAUUUCCUUUUUUUUUUUUUAAUUUUUUUUUGGGGUGGGGGGAGUGGGCUCACUUUUAAUAGGUCAAAGAUCUUUGAGUGUGUGUGUGCGUGACUAGACUUUAUGACAAAUAGUUCCCUUUGCAUAAAGUCUCUAAAAUUUGCAUUUAUCCGGAGAAAAUUGGUCGGAAAUGGAAGAACUUCGAGCUCUUAGCAGGAGAUAAAUAGACAAUUCUGCAAGGUUUGUAGUACAUUUCCCUCCCAGCCCUUCCCUCUCCCCAGAAUAUUCUCUUUUAAUAAGCCUGCCUGGCUCACACAAGGUAAAAACCAUCUUUUUUUAAAGAAAUCUCUGUAAAAUGGUACUGUAUCUGAAAGAUGUUAGCUUUUGAACUAGUUGGUGUAUUUGUUAUUAGCACUAGUAUUCUUAAUCUCCAAGUUUACAGCGUGAUGAAAAUGUCAGAUGCUAUCAUCUUUUUACAUAAAAACAACAAAAAAAAAAUUCAAAAAAAAUUCUCAUGUACUGUGGAUUGCUAACAUGCUUUUUUUUUUAAUCUUGGUAGAGGCAUAGGCACCUGUUCAGGAAGGUCUUGAAGCAUGAAUUUAACUUUUAAGCACACGAACAAUAGAAAUGGUUGCAUUUCUUGGUUUUCCACUCAAAAGCUUCACUUUUCCUGGGGAUUCAUUGGGAAGAAGGGAGCAAUGACACGCUCAAGCUUCUUGGGAAUGCUAUUUUUACCAUUAAACAGAUAAUUUCCAGGAAAUGGGAUGCUCUCUAUGAAAGUUUUCAUGGAAUUGACAGGAGUUUUUUUUGGCUGUCAGCUGGAGCUGGGAGUGAUUCCUGCAGUGACCAGGAGAAGUCAUGUGCUCAUUACUGGGCUCAUUUUGGGCAUUUUCUCCAUGACCAACACCUCAGGCUGGGCUUAAAAUAAAGCAGCACUUGAGCUCCAGCUGAGGCUGAGCUGGCAGGGGAAGUGGAGAGGGAUUUUGUGUGGGUUUGGGCUUUUUGCUUCUGAGUUUGCUUUGCUUUUCUUCCCUCUCCUCAUCGUUCUCCUAGAGAGGGGAUGCUCCUCCUGUGUCAGGCAGGGUUUCAAGUUCCAGGCACUGAAAUGUUUUACCUCAAUGAAAAGAAGAAAGAGAGGAGGGAGAAGAAAAAAAAAGCUAAUUUUUUUAAAGCUUGCUGUUUUUUUCAGUCCAGCCUAAUGUUUUGACCUGCACUGCUGCAAUACACCCUGGUUUCAGGUUCCCUAAUUUCAUGUAUAUACCAUGACUUUAUUUAUUAAACACCAUUGGUUGUUUAAAAUGUAAUUAAACUUAACAAAAGCAAAGCUGGGGUUUUGCAGGCCAGCAGACAGGAAGACUUCUAAUGAGGUUUUGAACCAGAUUUAAAACAAACAAAUGAAACAACAACAAAGCAAAUAAAAACCCACAACUUUAUUUAUAUACCUUGGACUUUCUACCUACAGGUGCUACAGUCCAGUCUCUUGUGUGUCUGCUGCUCUGUCAUGUUUGGUGUGUUGUUUUUUAGAUUUUUUUCUCUCCUCUUUUCACCCCAGCCCCCUUUUUUCCUGUUUUGUACAGAUUUUGAAGACAUACACUUCAAUACAAUUUUAUUUUCUCAGUGGUCUUUUUUCCUCCCCUCAUUUUUUGUUUUGGUAGAACAAUGGGGGUUUUUAUCCUUUUCUAAUCCAAUUUUAGGAAAACACCAAUUCUAUAAUUAUAUCAAAUUUGUAAUCUGAGGGGCAGAAGUUUUAUUGUAAAGAAAAAAAAAAUAUACAGAAAGUUGAACAGAAAGUUCUGCACUUCCAGCUGCAGCCCUGCUCAGUGCCAGGCACCACUGCCCAUCAGCCAAGGGUCAUUCGCUGGACACUUGGGCCUCUCAAAAAUGUGCUGCUGACCAGAGAUUCUUUCCCACAGCAAUUGAAAAAAAAAAAAAUUUUUUUAUUUUUACUGAAAUUCAUUAUUUUUCUUUUCCAUUAACAAUAUAAUUCAGUUUUGAUUUUUUUAAACCUUCCCCCAGACAGAUCCCUGGUAAUAUAUUUUCAGAAUUUACUAUGAGGAAAUGUAAUAUUCACCUAAUUAAGAGCUUGGGUUUCUUUUUAACGGGGUUGGGUUUCACCUGUGUUUUCUCCUGUUGCCUGCGACUUGAAUGAUCAAAACCAAGGAAUAUUUUAAGGAAUAAUUGCAACCAAUUCACUGCCAUGGCUUUUGGAUAAACAAACUCCCAGUUUUCCCUUCCUGGGACCUUUUCCUGCGUGCUUGACCCUGAGCUGUGGUGGUGGCUUCUGUGGGGAGGACAAAACGGAGGUGACAGCUUCACUGCCACAAAAAAUAAAAUGGGAAUUUCAUCUCUGGCACCAUCCUCUGACAUCAGGAACAGUCUCUGGAACACACAGACAUCCCUGCAGGAGCCACAGGGCUGCCUCACCAGAAUUAAUUGGGAAAGCUGGAGCCAGAGGGUUGAGGAGCACGUGUGAGGUGAUGGGAAAAGGCGUGACCCGAGGAGGAUCCCUGUUGGAGCUGGAAAACCAUCCCAGCCCGGGGAUUUUCCAGGAAAACAACCUGCCAAGGCCACCACGGGAUGGGAAGAAUCUGCUGCACAUCUUCGAUCCACCAGCUGCAACUUGGGCUUCCACUUCUUGGGAAACUUUGCGUGGAAAGUGAGGCGUUCCCAAGGGAAUGGAGCAAGGAGAAAUCCAUUGUGGCAUGACUGAGGGAAGAAUUUGGUGAUUCCUCACUUCCAAAUGCUGUCCUUACACUUUUCCAUUUCCCAGCUUAUUUGUUGUGCUCUUUAUCCCCACCAUGUCCAUGGGGGUGCCUCUUGUACAUCCUGAGUUUCUCCAGGAAAGAAAAGAUGUUUCCAGUCCGGAGUAAGUAGCAGCAGUCCUAAAUGAGUUGGGAACUGAAGCAACAGAGCAUUUAUUUAACUGAAUUUUACUGCAUGACACGUCAGUCCAGAUGUCGCAAAAUAACUUGGAAACGAACAAACACACAACGUUUGAAGAACAUUUUUAAACUUAAGAAUAAAAAACAAAAAAAAAAAAAGGAAAAAAAAUUAAAGUUUUUAUGGUAGAAUUUUUCUUGAAUUAACAAAGUUUAACUUUGUUUUCCAGGGGAAACUUCACUGAAAUCAGUAUGAUUUCAUAUGUAUGCAUACACACAGAGUUUUAUUGAAAACUGCUUUUUUCGGAUGAAUUCCUGUUUUGACAAAAUAUCUGACCAGACCUUUCUCAAUCAACCAGCAUUACUGCACCUUUUAAAAAACUUUGUGAACCUUUUUUCUGAUUGUAAACUCAGCCUGUCUCGUGGGACCAGAGGGAGAUCCCCAUCCCAGCGACCGAAGGAAUAUCUCAGCUCUCUGCACGCCAAAUGUGUCAUCCACACAACAAAAUCAUUUCAAUUUUUGUACUGAUGUGGUUUGAACCUUGCCCACCCCCAGGGAGUGAUGUUUCAGGGCUGUGUCACUGCUGGGAGGGUGGUGACCCCCAAACACACGCAAACAUCGUUUCUGUUUUUGGGGAAUCCACAGCUGAGUUCCCCCUGAGCUCUCUUCCCUCUUCUCUACGUGGUAGAAGCAGACUGCAAUUAUCUAAUCUAGUUCUUUCUCUGCUUUGGGGACUCUUAGAGCAGUUUUAAUUUUGAGUUUUUUUCCUUGUUUUGAAAGGAAUGAUGUUUUUUUAAAGCUGGGGUUGGAGCUGAGGGGAAGGGAUCGGGACAUGACAAAGACAAACCACAAUGUUUUUAGUACUGGAUUUUUAAUUCUCAGUCUCUUCUUAACCCUGAGCAGUUACCACUAUGGUUAACUGGUGGGCAGGCUCUGCAUCAGUAAAGAGAAAUUUAGGAUUCCUUACACAGCAGCAUUAUCUUGCUUGAGCUGCAUUUUGUAAAGAAAAUGGUAUUUGCAUAUCUUUUUAAAAUGUCAUUUUUAAAAAAAUAAAUUAAACCACCAGCUAGGAUUUGACACAGGCCACUUAGAACACAGCCCUGAUACUGGCAUAACCAAUCCAGAAAGAUUUGUUGUUGUAUUUUUUGUUUUGUUAUUUUUGGGUUUUUUUAAUAUUUAAAAAAAAAAGAAGAAGAAAUUGUUAUUACUUUUCUGUAUGAUGUGCAUGCAAAUUUACCGUAACUCUUUUUCUUAAAACUUUUUAGUGCCAUUUCUAGUAUAUUCCUGUAAAUGUCAGUUAUUGAAAAGAAAUGAGUCAAUGUAAGUAGUUUAGCUUGUUUAUUGCAAAUUGCUGGCCUCAAACAAAACAGAAUUAAAAAAAAAAAAGAGUUAGAAAGUAAUCUUUGAUGUUACUGGUAAUCACGGACCCUGAUGCUGGGGCAUUCGUUUUGUUUUCAUAAUAAAAAGAAAAAUUGU